AUGGAUUGUAUUGGAAGUGAGUUCACGUAUGAGACGGCUUUUGAACUUCUGGUGCGUCUUGAAGCCGAUGAGUUGUUUUUAAAUACUUGUCUUCCCAACAUCAAUAAGGUUCUUGAACUGCAUCCAGGAAAGUGCUACGAGUUAGACGGGGAUACUGGAGUUGGAAAAACACAGGUUCUUAAUAGCGAGUUGGCUAUAAAAACUAUGGGAUUACAGAUCUGCUAUUCGAUAGCAGCAAAGUUUCUUCAAACGAAGAAAACGGCAAGAAUUGGAUGGAUCAGUGCGGUCCCUCUGCGGACUGAUCAUCUUUGUAAGCAUUUUAAAACUGGAGAAUGUAGUGAUCGUUUGCUGGAUCGAAUUGCAUGUAAACGAGUCGAAUACAUUUCGGAACUUCGCGAAUCACUUGAUCAUUUUUCCAAAACGUUCAAUACACACCUUGUCGUGGUGGAGAACAUCGAUGCUCUACUUCAUGAUACUGCUUACGAAAAUGAAAUUGGAAGAAAUGUGCAAACAGAUAUAAUCGAGCGAUUGAAGAAACUGACAAGAUUAGGAGUUACGGUGAUCAUUACAAAUCAUAUAACACAUUGGCGAGGAUAUCCAGCUCCUGCUUUAGGAAUGUAUUGGGCGUCACAAAUUGCAAAUCGUUUCUAUGUGGAGAAACUGAGCGGCGACGUGAGGACUGUCUCAGUAAUGAAAGAAGGAGAAGAUGGAGCAACUCGAGCCAACUUUUCAAUUGACGAGAAAGGAUUGAAAGCUGCGAACUGA